GGAGCGCAUGAGAGAACAGUGACUCAUCCGUUAUCUCUCUCAAUUUGUCUUCGGGAGAUACGAACCAGAAGUUUCACACAAAGGAACGGAGUUAGGAUUUUCUACCUACAUUUGGAUCCAACAAAUUCUUCAUAUUUCAUUGCAAGUCACUUUAUCCUCUAAUUUCUCUGCUUGCUUGAUUCAUCUAAAUCGCCGUUCCUUAACCUUCCAAGAAGCAAUAUGAAGAAUCAACAUGGUUAUGUGCCACCUGCUUAUAUCCCUUUGGGGCAGUCAGAUUCAGAGGCAGUGAAUGUCUAUCUGCCUCAGCGCACUGUACAACAACCUAGUGGCGAUGGAUCAAACCAAAUGCAGGCUCAGUGGUCUUCUGGAAUAUGUGCUUGUUGCGAUGAUAUGCAGAGCUGUUGUAUAGGUUGUCUUUGUCCUUGCUUUGUCUUUGGGAAGAAUGCAGAAUUUCUGGGUUCUGGAACUUUCCUGGGAUCAUGUGUGACCCAUUUUAUAUUGUGGAGUCUGGUUAAUACAGCCUGCUGCUUAUUAACUGAUGGCUUGUUUUUUGGAUUACCUGGAUGCCUGGUUUCAUGUUAUGCUUGUGGCUACCGCAGGACCUUAAGGUCAAAGUAUAAUUUGCCGGAAGCACCCUGUGGGGAUUUUGUUACCCAUUUUUUCUGUCAUCUGUGUGCCAUUUGUCAAGAGUACCGUGAGAUACGUGAAAGAGCUGGGGAUUGUGAAACUACAGACAUGAAGCUGGCUGUAGUUACAGCUCCACCAGUCCAGACAAUGCAGUCAGAUUCCAAGCAGUAAUGCUACUCUCCUUCCCCCUCCACUGUGUAUGAUUUGAAGAUUUGCAAACUUGACUAAGCCUGUGGCUCGUUAAAAAUUACGCACUACAAGUUAAUGUACUUACACUAUAAUGCUGAUGAUCGUAAUUCUCAGUUUUACUCUUAAUUCUCUUCGAGAAAACUAGUAGAAUAUCAAAUAUACUGUUGUACAUGAAAUUUAGUAUGUUAAAUGCCAAGACAUAUGAAACAACUUAUCCCAUGGUAUUUUCGAAUCGUUCAUAUCGGGAUCAU